AUGGGGUUUGUAUUUGCAAUCCUUAGUCCUAUUGUUGAAUCAUUAAUGUUUCCUGUCAAAAAACAGCUAGAUUAUCUCUAUUCCUCCACAAAACAUGUUAGGGACAUGAAUACUAGAAUGAAGCAACCGGAUUGUACAAGCGGUGAUGUCAAAAAUCACGUGGAAACAAACAACAUAAGUAAUCUGGAUAUACCUGCUCGUGCUCGUGUAACAAGGUGGUUAAAAGAUAUGGAAAAGAUUAAAGAAGAUGCUCAAAUCAUUUCAAGUAAAGGGAAUGGAUGUUUUAACUUGAAAAUGAGGUAUCGAGCAGGAAGAAAUGCAUUAAAGAUUACAGAGGAGAUGGGAAGUCUUAUUGAAGAAAAUAGUAAGAUAAUUUGGAGUGAUGCUCAAAAACUUCUUAGAAAAGUGAAUUCUCAAAACACAUCUACUUCAACAUUGUGGGAUGGUGAUGCCCAAAAUUACUUGAAAUCGAGAGAGAAAAGUUUUAAGGAUGCACUCAAGUUCCUUCAACAAGAUCACACGAGCCAAGUGAUAACCCUAUGUGGAAUUGGAGGUAUGGGGACAACCACAAUGAUAGAACAAUUGAAAAAGGCUGCAGAAGAUAAGAAAAUGUUUGAUUGGAUUGUGAAGGUGGUCAUUGGACAAAUGAUUAACAUAUUAUCUAUUCAACAAGCUCUAGCAUAA